AAUAAUAAUUGAACGUAUUUAACAAAUGUCGAUUGUAAUUAAAGAUGGUCUCGGAAUUCUGUGUUCUGACUACUGACAGUUUACACCCCGACUUAUAUUAUAUGUACGUCUAACCUGUAAUUUGAAUUUGGAAAAUAACAACAAAUCAAGUCAAAACAAUGAUUAGCCUAAAACAAGCCAUAAGAUGUAUGAAAAGAAUGACUCCCAAUAUCCGGGCAAUGUCAAGUCAAAACCUUGUAAACCUGAGUGCAGAUAAGGACAAUGAUGAAAUUGCUAUUGUUACAAUGCAAAGACCUCCAGUAAAUAGCCUGAAUCUAGAAUUACUUCAAGCACUUAGUAAGUCGCUUGAUGAGAUAGCAAAAAGUGGCUUUAGAGCUAUGAUUUUGACUUCUGCUUCACCAACAGUAUUUUCAGCAGGUAUAGACAUAAUGGAGAUGUAUAAACCAGAUAUGAAGAGAGCUGAACAAUUUUGGUCAACUUUACAAGAUGUUUGGCUAAAGUUAUUUGAAUCUAAACUUAUAACUGCAGCAGCCGUCAAUGGACAUUCACCUGCUGGGGGGUGUUUACUAGCCAUGUCCUGUGAAUAUCGGGCUAUGGUGUCAGGUAAAUACACCAUAGGGUUGAACGAAACUGCUCUAGGUAUUGUCGCUCCGAGAUGGUUUAUGGACUCUAUGUUGAAUACUAUUCCUCAGAGAGAGGCUGAAAUAGCACUGACUACAGGCAAACUGUUCUCGGUAGAAGAAGCAUUAAAGGUUGGACUUAUAGACGAGGCGGCAAAAGAUAAAGAUGACGCAAUCAAAAAGUGUAAAGGUUUUAUAGCAAAGUUUGACAACAUCCCACCCUUGGCCCGAGCGGUAACUAAGCAAAAAUUUAGGGAUUCAUCAACCCAGUGGCUCAAAAAUAACAAAAAAGCCGAUUUAGAAGAAUUCUUAACUCAUCUAAAAGUACCUCAGGUUCAACAGUCGUUGGAAAUGUACAUUCAUAUGUUGAAAGCGAAGUCCAACAAAUCAUAAAACCAGCCUCACUUGUUACCGCCAAUAAAUUUUACUUUUGACAGUUGACAUCUCCUCUAUGACAUAUAUACAUCCCUGUGGACAUAAAUUUAAAACUAGUGUUUUAAACAGUGAAUAUUUGCAUAUGUAUUUUUCGAUCAGUGUAAUUUUAUAUCAGUAUACUUUUAUAUUUAUAA